UAUAAUAUACAAAUUUAUGAUCACUCGACCGGACGACUAGGUAAAUAUAAUGAUAAUUAUUAUUAUUAUUACUAUUAUUAAGCAUCUAAGCGCGGAAUUCGGUCAACAAAGAGAAUAUUUUGUCGAUUUUGUCGAUUUUUUUUAUAUAUAUUCCGAGUGAAUGAACAUUAUUUCAUUGCGCGUAAGACUAUACAUAAUAUAAUAUACGCAUGAGGUAGGUAUAGUGUUUCGUUCAUGUACUGCACGUGGCGUCCGCGUCCACCCAUGUCGGACAGAUUAUAUAGUGAAUUAACCACCUACUAAUUCUAUAUGUGUACUUAAUACAGUUACAAGUCGUUUGAGUCUCGUUGUUCAUAAAUAAUGUAUUUAUGCGUUAUAUAUACCACUUAAAUAAUAUUAGUUUAAUGACUUCCGAAUAGGUAUAUAAGUACCUAUCACGCAUAGUGGGUAUCACUAUAUAUGGCUUUUUGUACGCUGUGUACAACUAUUAAUACUAUAUGUAUUCGUAUGAGUAAUAAGUAAUAAGUAAUAAGCUUAGUGGAUUGAAUGAACCACGGGUGCUACGUGCGCAUAAUAAUAAUAAUUUCAAUAUGUUAUAGGUAGGUAAUGUUUCGAGUUUUUUCCGAGAAUUGUUCCGUAAUAUCGUAAUCCGAACUGAAGUCUAAAAUUCAAAGCGCGUAAUAAAUGUACGAUUUUUAAUGAAAAAAUAUUUUUGUUUUUAAUUAAAAUAAGCAAUCUUUUUCAUUUAAUUAUUUUUUUUCAAAGUACUCGAUAAUAGUCACACACUCACACUAGGCACCAGUCCAACGCUAAUAGCCGUGAAGACGUUCCUCGCGCUCAAGUACAAUUCACCGACACCGAAAUAAUAAUGCUCAGUAAUUAUAUUUUAUAUAAUUAAUUAUUCCUAUUCGUAUUUUAAAAUAAAUGUUUCCAAUUAAGUAAUAAUUAUUAAAUAUGUUAUUAUUUGACGGAAUUUCAAACUUUCAACAGGUUUACAAGCUGUCUGUAUAGUUUAAUAGUUACGUUGCGGUUGUUAAUUAUUAUUAUUUUCAAUGUUUCAUAAAAAUUAUUUAUUGAGUUUUACUCACUUGUUAUAACAAUAUUAAUAAAUGUAGGGUAAAGUAGGCAGUUAUUGGCACUGUUGUAGUUAUUGGCAUAGCGAAAUAGCAUUAUUGAUAAAUAGCUCUGUAUUUGUCUUUUCAAUUUCUUUUUUUUUUUAAUAUUUGGUUAAACUGAUUUAUUUUCGCUCCAAAAAUUAUCAACAUUCCAUGAUCAAUGAUUGAUAAAGAAAACACAAAGCCAAAACAACAUCUCAGCACGUAGUGGAAACAGUUAUUGUCAUGGCCUGCCAAUUAUUAAAUCGGUAUCAAAUGGUUAUGAUUUAGUUAUUGGCAUACUAUAAUUUUUUAAAACACCAAAUUAAGAUUUUAAGUAUAAAUUUACAGAAAUGCCAAAAAAAUCAGAUUCGUUUUCUGAUUCGAAUUUGGCUGCAGCCAUAAUAGCAGUGGACAGUGGGAUGUCAAAAAAGGCUGCUGCCAAACAGUUUGGAGUUGCUCGGUCAACUCUUCAGUUUAGAAUGAAAAAUAGGGACAAAGAAACUUUUUCAUGUGGACCUUCAAGUGUUCUGAGUGUUGAAGAGGAAAAAUCACUUGUCAAAUGGCUUCUCGACUGCUGCAAAAAAGGAUUUCCCAGGCGACGUGAGGAUCUACAACAAAGCGUCAAAAUGUUUUUGGAUGACCAGGGAAGAUCCAGUCCAUUUACAAAUAAUUUGCCUGGAAUAACUUGUUAUAAAUCAUUUUUAAAAAGAAAUCCUAUAAUUUCAAAAAGGACCAGUGAGCAUGUGACGUCUGCUAGUGGAAAUGUGAGUGAAACAAACAUAAAAAAAUGGUUUGAUGACAUAUAUCAAUAUUUAACUGAAGAAAAAAUAGCAGAUAUACUGAAUGACCCAGCUAGAGUAUUUAAUGGUGAUGAGACUGGUUUUUCUCUCUGCCCAAAAACAAAAUCUGUCUUAGGCCCAAGAGGGGCAAAAGAUAUUUAUGAAAUAGCUAAAGGUAAUGAAAAAGAAAAUAUAACCGCCAUGUUUACAUUUAAUGCUGCGGGUCAGAUGUGCAACCCAAUGAUUAUUUUUAAAUAUCAAAGAAUACCUCAAAAUAUUAUUGAUACAAUACCGACCAAUUGGGGAGUUGGGCGAUCAGAUACAGGAUGGAUGAAAGCAGAAGUUUUUUAUGAAUACAUUGGAAAUAUUUUUUACCCAUUUCUUGUUGAAAAUAAUAUUCAAUUUCCAGUCAUUUUAUUUGUUGAUGGGCAUAAAAGCCACUUGACAUAUCAAUUGAGUAAUUUAUGUUCUCAAUUAAAAAUAGUUUUGAUUGCAUUAUACCCUAAUGCUACCAGGAUUUUGCAACCUGCAGAUGUAUCUGCAUUUAGGCCUUUAAAAUCUGGAUGGAAAAAAGGAUUAUCAGAAUGGCGAAAUCAGAAUCCCACCAGUUCAGUGACAAAAAAAGAUUUUGCACCUAUACUUGAUAAAGUAUUAAAAAACACAGUGAAAAGUAGUGUUUUGAUAAAUGGCUUCAAAGCAUGUGGACUCUUCCCUUGGAAUAAAAAUCAAAUAGAUUACCAAAAAUGUUUGGGAAAAAAUUAUAAUUCUAGUGCAAAUGGUUCAACAAGUAGUACUGUCACACACACUGACAAUAAUAAUAAUAAUCUAAAUUUAAAAGAAUUUUCGGAUAUUAUUGGCAUUGAAACUCUAGAAAAAUUCAACAAUAUACAUAAUGUUGUUGAAACUGAAAAUUUUUCUGAAGAGUUUUUUAUUUUACAUCGAGUUUAUGAAAAAUUAAAAAAAGAUGAUCAAUUCAACACCGAAGUUGACCUUCAAAUAGAAAAAUGUAAUGCAGAUCAGUCCUUGUCUGGUAUUUGUGCAACAAGAUCUUCUGAAAACUCAUUGAGUAUGCAAAAUCAAUUGGAAAAAGAAAUUAUUGAUAUCCCAUCACCAAUUCACCAUCCAGAAACAAUAAUGAUUCCCAGUGAAAAUCAAGUAAUUCUAAAAAAAUUAGAAAUAUCACCUAUUGAGUCUUGUCUUAUUUGGCCUGUGACACCUGAAAGAAAAAGUUUAAGAGUAACAGAAAGAGUACCAUUUGUAAUAACGUCAAAAAAUUGGAAAAACUUAUAUGAACAAAAAGAAAAUAAGAAACGGUCUAUUGAUCAAGAAAAAGAAAUGAGAAAGAAAAUAAGGGUAGAAAACAAAAUGUUGAAAGAAACAAAUUCAAACAAGACAACUAAAAGAAAAAUUGUAAGGAAUUUAUUUUCAGAUUUUAGUAAAAAUAAUAAACCAUCAGAAACAGUUACUAGUCAAACUAUUAAUUUAGAUACUCCAAUAUUUAAGAACUCAGAUAAUAUUGAUGAUACCAUUGAUAUAGUUUUGGCUCAUGAACUAUCUAAUUCACCAAACCCUCAAAGCUAUAAUAAUAAUAGUUGCAUACUUGAAACAGGAUAUUGUAAGUUAUGCAAAAGUGAAAUAAAUAAAUAUGACUUGGGCAUUGAAUGUAACUUUUGCUGUAAUCAAUACCACCAAAGAUGUGCAAGCAAUGAUUCAAUUUGUAAUCUCAGUAGUGAUGAAACACUUUUUAUUUGCCAAAUUUGUGAAAAAUCGGUAAUUGUUAACUAAGUUAUAGGUAUUUACCUACUUUAUUGUUAAUUUGUUUAUUUUUAUUUUAUAUUGUUUAUGGUAUCUUUAAAUUACCUAUCUUACUUUGUAAAGUUUUAUAAAUUUACAUUUUUUGAGUAUCUACCUAGGUAAGGAGGUAAUUAAUUUAAUAAGUACUGAUAUUUCUUUUAUACCUUGAUAUUUCAAUUAACUCAGAUACAUUUUUAUAUAUUUGUUAUUAGUUUUAUUAUUCUUGAACAAUUUAUUUUGGUUUUUUCUUAUAUUAACUAGUUUUGAAGAGUUUUUCAUAUUUUUUUUUAUUAUUAUUACUAUUCAAAGUUCUAUCAAGAACCUACCUAUUUGGUGCUUAAUUUUGUUUUAUUAAUUAUACUUAAGUGGUUUUUAUUUAUUAACUUAGCUA